AUGACACAAACUAAAACGAGUAAAAUUCGGCUUCUUCUCAACGCAGCCACAAAGACCAUUGAUAAUUGUGAAGUUACACGACUGGGCACUGAAAUCGAUAAUAGUAAUGUCAUUGAAGAACAAGAACAACAGUGUUUACAUCAACUGAAAGAUCAGAUUCCACCACCGAAACGAACAGGCCUGAUUAUUGACACUACUCAGCUUCUCACAAAAUCAAGACUAACGAAUGCGAAAGUGAUUCGGCUCUACAAAUAG